AAAAAAAUCUGAAUUGAUGCGGAAAUCAUCACUGUUCGUCGGUGAAGCUGGUCGAUCAGAGGAACACAGGAUGGACUCUGUCACAAGAUUGCGGAUCAGUAUGACAUACUGGAUGUGAUUAGAGCGAUUGUGAGCACUGAAGGCCCUACAGGGGCCUGCAUAUUAACCUCAAUUUGAGAAAUUUCUAUUUUCUUGUCUACAUGACACUUGGCCAACACAAUGACUAUUAAUUAAUCUGUUCAUGUGACCCAUGGUGGCCUAAGUUACUCGAAGGCAUCCUGUAUAUAUGUGACUUCAUGUGAUGGAUACCUUGACAAAUUCCUUGAAUGUCCCACUACAAAACGUUUAUAUUCCACUGGAAAAAAAUUAAAUCUGCCUUUAUUGUAGUAGACUUAUUUAGGAUUACUAGUUAAAUAUUCAUUGAAUUGAAUACAUUGACUAAUACAGAAGCUAUACACUGUCUACAGUAAUUACAAUUAGGCCAUAACCCAGGCCUUCUCUUGUUUUAAGAACAAUGAGUAAAGGAGAAUUAGCCCGGAUUUAUAGCUGUCACAGAGAACCCAUUUCUGUUUUAAAACUGUAAAGCUAAAAUUAAUUAUAUACCAUUUUAGAUUAGUCUUAUCACUUUUUUGAAUUCACCAUGAGCUUCUCUAUGCGCAGCGGUGUGCACAUAAUUUGGAUAGGCCUACUGGUUUGUUGCUUGGUUGACAUAGGGGCUAGUAUGGAGUUCACUGGUGCCGAAGGUCAGUGGGCGAGGUUUCCAAUGUGGAAUGCUUGCUGUGAAAGCGAGAUGAGUUUCAACAUGAAAACAAAAAGCUCACAUGGACUUUUAGUAUACUUUGACGACGAGGGAUUCUGUGACUUCUUGGAACUUCUGCUCCAUAACGGUAGACUCAGUCUUCGUUUCUCGAUCUUCUGUGCCGAGCCUGCCACUGUACUGUCCGAUACUGUGGUCAAUGACAGCCGUUGGCAUGCAGUUACGGUGCGCAGGAAUUUCAAAAACACCACAUUAAUUGUGGAUGAAGAAAUCAAGUGGGUGGAAGUGAAGUCAAAACGAAGGGACAUGACUGUUUUCAGUCAUUUAUUCCUAGGGGGGAUACCUCCCGAACUGCGAUCGGUAGCCCUGCGGCUCACAUCUGCGUCCAUCAAAGACCAGGUUCCGUACAAAGGAUGGAUAACCAAUUUGAAGGUGAACGCCUCGGAGCCGACGAUGAUUGGUAGUGAGGGGAUCAACAGCGACAUUUGUGAAGCAGACCAUGUUUGCCUGAAUGGCGGAGUCUGCAGCAUCGUCAACGACGAACCCAUCUGUGACUGCUCUGAAACAGGAUUCCAGGGGAAAGACUGCAGUGAAGAAGAGGUCUACGUUGGAGGUCUUGCGCACCUGAUGAUGGGCGACCAAGGUAAAAGUAAAGUGAGAGAGGAAUAUGUGGCGACCUUCAAGGGCUCGGAGUACUUCUGUUACGACCUCUCUCCAAACCCCAUCCAGAGCAGCAGCGAUGAGAUCACGCUGUCCUUCAAGACCCUGCAGCGCAACGGCUUGAUGCUCCACACCGGCAAAUCGGCUGACUACGUCAACCUGGCGCUGAAGAACGGUGCCGUCUCUCUGGUCAUCAACCUGGGCUCUGGGGCCUUCGAGGCCCUGGUUGAGCCCGUCAAUGGAAAAUUUAAUGACAAUGCCUGGCAUGAUGUGAAGGUUACCAGGAACCUCCGUCAGCACUCAGGCAUUGGACACGCUAUGGUUACAAUAUCCGUGGAUGGGAUUCUCACCACCACUGGAUAUACACAAGAGGACUACACCAUGCUAGGCUCUGAUGACUUUUUCUAUGUCGGGGGCAGCCCCAGCACUGCCGAUUUGCCUGGAUCUCCUGUUAGCAACAACUUUAUGGGCUGCCUCAAAGAGGUUGUGUACAAAAACAAUGAUGUGAGGUUGGAGCUGUCUCGUCUGGCCAAACAAGGUGACGCCAAAAUGAAGGUUAGUGGCAUGGUGGCGUUUAAGUGCGAGAACGUGGCCACACUGGACCCUGUGACCUUCGAGACCCCUGAAUCCUAUAUCAUGCUCAGCAAGUGGACUGCAAAGAAAGCUGGUUCCAUCUCCUUUGAUUUUCGCACCACCGAGCCUAAUGGACUGCUGCUGUUUAGCCAUGGCAAGCCCAAGCAGCAGCAGCAGAAAGACCCCAAGGGCCCCAAAAUUAUGAAAGUGGACUUUUUUGCCAUUGAGAUGCUCGAUGGUCACCUUUACCUUCUACUAGACAUGGGCUCGGGCACAACAAAGACCAGGGCCGUCAACAAAAAGGUCAACGAUGGCGAAUGGUACCAUGUGGACUUCCAGAGGGAUGGCAGAUCAGGUACCAUCUCUGUCAACUCAGUACGUACCCCUUAUAAUGCUCCUGGUGAGAGUGAGAUCCUGGAUCUGGAUGACACUCUGUACUUGGGUGGUUUGCCGGAAGACCGUGCUGGACUGGUGUUUCCCACUGAAGUGUGGACAGCACUGCUCAACUAUGGUUAUGUGGGCUGCGUGCGUGACUUGUUCAUGGACGGACAAAGCAAAGACAUCCGGCGCAUCGCAGAGGCCCAGAGAGCUGUGGGUGUCAAACCUUCCUGCUCAAAAGAACCUCCAAAGCAGUGCCUGAGCAACCCAUGCCUGAACAGCGGCUCAUGCAGGGAGGGCUGGAACCGCUAUGUGUGCGACUGCUCAGGGACUGGCUACCUUGGUCGCUCCUGUGAGAGAGAUGCCACUAUCCUCAGUUAUGAUGGCAGUAAGUUUAUGAAGAUCAAGCUGCCAUUGGUGAUGCACACAGAGGCAGAGGAUGUGUCGCUGCGCUUCCGUUCCCAGCGAGCUUACGGUGUCCUGAUGGCCACAACCUCCCGCAACUCUGCAGACACACUUCGUCUCGAGCUGGAUGGAGGGCGGGUCCGACUCACGGUCAAUCUAGACUGUAUCAGGAUUAACUGUACUACCAGUAAAGGCCCAGAGACCAUCUUUGCGGGUCAGAACCUGAAUGAUAAUGAAUGGCACACAGUCCGUGUGGUCAGAAGGGGGAAAAGUCUGAAGCUUACAGUGGAUGACCUGCAGCCCUCAGAAGGCCAAAUUACGGGCGACCACACGCAGCUAGAGUUCCAUAACAUCGAGACAGGCAUCGUUACUGAAAAGCUCUACAUGCCUGCCGUUCCAUCAAACUUCAUCGGGCACCUGCAGGGUCUGUCUUUCAAUGGCAUGUCCUAUAUUGACCUGUGCAAGAAUGGGGACAUCGACUACUGCGAGCUAAAUGCCAUGAUUGGCUACAAGAGCAUCGUGGCAGACCCAGUAACCUUCAAGUCUCGCACCAGUUAUGUGACCCUCCCAACUCUGCAGGCGUACUACUCUAUGCACCUCUUUCUCCAGUUCAAGACCACUUCUCCUGACGGGCUGAUCCUCUACAACCGAGGAGACGGCAAUGACUUCAUUGUGGUAGAACUGGUUAAAGGUUAUCUGCAUUAUGUUUCUGACUUGGGAAACGGUGCUCAUCUCAUCAAAGGCAAUUCAAACACACCUCUCAAUGACAAUCACUGGCAUAACGUGAUGAUCUCCCGUGACACCAACAACCUCCACACAGUCAAGAUCGACACCAAGAUCACCACACAAACCACUAUGGGGGCUAAGAACUUGGAUCUGAAAGGUGACCUGUUUGUUGGAGGAGUGUCUAAAGAUUUAUAUAAGGACCUACCGAAGCUGGUGCACUCUAAAGAGGGAUUUCAGGGUUGCUUGGCAUCUGUGGACUUAAACGGCCGCUUGCCAGACCUGCUGUCAGACGCACUGAGCACUACAGGACAGGUGGAGCGGGGCUGUGAAGUUGCAUUGAUGAAAGCUGACCUGCAAGGUCCCAGCACUACCUGUCAGGAAGACUCGUGCUCCAACCAGGGUGUGUGUCUACAGCAGUGGGAAGGCUUUACUUGUGACUGCAGCAUGACGUCAUUCGGAGGGCCUCUCUGCAAUGAUGCGGGAACUACGUACAUAUUUGGGCGUGAUGGUGGGUUGAUUGUGUACACCUGGCCACCCAAUGACAGGCCAAGCACGAGGGCAGACCGUCUUGCAGUUGGCUUCAGUACGCAGCAGAAGGAUGCAGUGUUGGUCAGAGUGGACAGCUCAUCUGGCCUUGGAGACUACUUGCAACUGCAGAUAGACAAAGGCAAUAUCAGAGUGGUGUUCAAUGUGGGCACAGAUGACAUAAAUAUUGAAGAAACCUCAAAGUUUGUAAAUGAUGGAAAGUACCACAUAGUUCGCUUUACAAGAAGUGGUGGUAAUGCCACUUUGCAGGUGGACGAUCUGCCAGUCAUUGAGCGAUAUCCAACAGGCAACAUUGAUAACGAACGCCUGGCGAUUGCUAGACAGCGAAUCCCAUAUCGGCUCGGUCGAGUAGUUGACGAAUGGCUACUCGACAAAGGUCGGCAGCUCACCAUCUUCAACAGCCAGACUACCAUAAAGAUCGGUGGUGGUGAACGGGGCAGUCGGCCAUUUCAAGGCCAGUUGUCUGGCCUGUACUACAAUGGCCUUAAAGUGCUCAACAUGGCCGCUGAGGGUGAACCCAACGUGCGCGUGGAGGGCAGCGCCCGUCUGGUUGGUGACUUGCCCUCCUCGUCCAUCACACCCCAGUCCAGUGCCUCUGCCUCAGGCAACCGCUCUGAAGCUUCGCCCUCUUUGACGGACAUCACCACCACCACUGCCUCCAACCGACAGGGGAAGCAGACCACAACACCACAGGACGAUCUGUUAGUAGCGUCAGCCGAAUGUCCCACUGAUGAUGAAGACAUUGACCCAUGUGACCCAACCUCAGGUGGGUUAGCACACCCUCCCCUGCCGGAAGCAAAGGGUUACCCGAGCCCAGAGGUGAUACGCGAGUCCAGCAGCACCACAGGCAUGGUGGUGGGCAUCGUAGCAGCCGCCGCCCUCUGCAUCCUUAUCCUCCUCUACGCCAUGUACAAAUACCGCAACCGCGAUGAGGGCUCGUACCACGUUGACGAGAGCCGCAACUACAUCAGUAACUCGGCCACGCAGCCCAACGGAGCAGCGGUCAAAGAAAAACCCAUCGGCGUGGCCAAGAUCUCCAGCAAGAACAAAAAGAACAAAGACAAAGAGUACUACGUCUGAUCCCACAGACUCCCCUCCCAACUCUCCCGGUGUUCCUGUGUUCAGAAGCACACAGGCGAAAGGGAGGAGACACCAACCCUGUGUAUAGUAAUUAAGCUGAAAAAAAGCACAGUCUUAGUUUUAACUGAGACACAGAUAUACUGUUACUAACAAUAAGAACAUAUACUUUAUACUCAAGCACACAAGAACUAUCCAAACCUAUGCGUGUGUACAAAAAGGAAUUGAGUAAGAAUGAAAAGGAUCCUUGAAAAUGAAAAUCACUCUUCUGGACAGGGACAAGCCAGUACAACCCUGUAUGUUAGGGUGAAUCUUUUAAAGACAUGGCCACUGGUCAGAACUGAGGUCUUACUGUCUUUCAUAUUAUGUUGCCUGUGUAUGUGUUACUGGGACAUGCCCUCUACAUGCAGAAAACCCAUAAACAUCUGGAAAAUUGAAAUAAAAAAAGAAAAAAGACAUUCACUUAAUCAGAGGAAAAAGAGACUUAUUACACUGAGAAGCUACCUACUGUAUGAUCGUUCAAUCAGCCAAAGUAUUUGCGCCCCUCCCUCCCCCUUUCUAACGGCAGUGUUGGCCAUAUGGAGACCGAGUCAAACUGAAGAUAACGAAAAAGGAUCCAAACAUAAGUCAGUAUCAAGGAUGAAUACCUUGGGUUCAAAGAGGACUUGGAGGCCUUAUUAUGAAGCAAAGUGUAAAAAACGAUCGUUGUUUCUUUUGUUUGUAUGUUUGUCAUGACAAUGACAGCAGCGAUGAGGUGGCGAUGCUGACGAUUAAGGUGAAGAACGUUGGGGUCAUUUGGCGAUAGUUUGAGAAAUACUCCAUGCACGUGAAGUAUCUUAUUACAUAUGUUUAUAUACGGUGCAAAGACUAUCUAUGUGUGCUCUCUGGACUGUGGCUGAAGUGGUGUUUUAUAGCCUGUUAUAUAGAUGAUGCCAACUACAGUAUACCUGCUCUUCAAACAUUUUCUAGUAAAAGCAACUGGGAAAAUGAUUAAAAACAGAAAAAAAACUAAAUGUUAAUGUGUUGCUAUAGAGAUAGAACCGUUUCUGCCAUUAGCUAUGAACAUUUGGGCUCCUGUAUAUUUUUUUUUCUCCUUUAUGCUCACAUUCAAUGCCAGUAUUUUUUUCUGCCAUUACAUUUUAUUUUUGCAACUACUCCUUUUGUGUCAGCAUACAAAAGACACAAACACUUUGGGUUUUUGGGGAAAAAAAUCAAAACCAUCACGAAGUAAAACGAUUGGAAUUGUUAAAGCAAUAUCACUUUGCUCUUCUGACAUGGGAUGACAUCUUGGUGUUAAAAAAAAAAAAAAAAAAAAAGACAGUGAACUGAAUCCCAAAAUAUACAAUAUGUAUUGAAAUAUUUCAGCCAGAAGACACAAAUCUCAAUGAGAACUAAGAAUUUAUUGUUUGUGAACACUCUUUGCUAUAUUGUACUACACUGAAAGCACAAGAGGCACAAAAUACAUACAAUUUCAGAAUAAAUGUUAGAUUUUUUUGUUUUUUGUUUUUUUGUGUGUUUUUAAUUUGUGUACAAUUUUUCUAUGAUACCUUCUUUUGUUUUUAUUGUGACAAUUCUUUAACGACCUCAAAGUGAAGAUUUAUUAUGAAAAAAAUAGUUUUGAAAAAUCGAACAAAUAAAUAAAAUAUUAAGACUUAAA